AUGACGCAGAUUAACCAGAUAAGCGACAUAGAUGUCCAUCAAAUUACAUCAGGACAAGUUAUCACAGACUUAACAACUGCAGUGAAAGAGCUUGUCGAUAAUAGUAUAGAUGCGAACGCGAAUCAGAUAGAAAUCACCUUCAAAGACUAUGGUCUUGAAUCUAUCGAAUGUUCUGAUAAUGGCGAUGGCAUAGACCCUUCAAAUUAUGAAUUUUUAGCUUUAAAACAUUACACUUCAAAAAUUUCCAAAUUUCAAGAUGUUGCCAAUGUACAGACAUUGGGGUUCAGAGGGGAGGCAUUGUCUUCUUUGUGUGCUGUAGCUAAACUCAGCGUCAUAACGACGACCCUCCCACCAAGAGCAGACAAGUUGGAAUAUGAUUUGGCUGGCCAUAUUGCAUCGAAGACAACGACGUCGAGAAAUAAAGGGACGACUGUAGUUGUUUCACAGUUAUUUCAUAGUUUACCUGUUAGAAAAAAAGAGUUUAAUAAAACUUUCAAGCGUCAAUUUGCCAAAUGUCUCACAGUUUUACAAGGUUAUGCAGUUAUCAAUACAAAAAUCAAAUUUACUGUUUGGAAUGUUUCAUCAAAGGGUAAAAAAAAUAUUAUCUUAUCAACGAUGAGGAACUCCUGCAUGAGAAAGAAUAUAUCUUCCAUUUUUGGCGCAAGCGGUAUGCGUGGACUCGAAGAGGUUGAUUUGUUACUUGAUUUGAAUCCGCUGAAGAAGAGAAUGCUUAGGAAAUAUAGUGAUGAUCCCGAUUUCUUAGAUCUGGAUUACCGGAUUGGAGUGAAAGGUUAUAUAUCACAGAAUUCAUUUGGGUGUGGUAGAAAUAGUAAGGAUAGGCAAUUUAUCUAUGUAAAUAAAAGACCGGUGGAGUACCCUACCUUCUUAAAAUGUUGUAACGAAGUCUACAGAACGUUCAAUAAUGUCCAAUUUCCAGUGAUAUUUUUGAAUCUUGAAUUGUCCACCAGCUUAAUCGAUGUUAAUGUCACUCCAGACAAAAGAAUAAUACUGUUACACAACGAACAAGUGGUCAUUGAUGUUUUUAAAACAGAUUUGGCUGAUUACUAUAAUAAACAAGAGUUAGCUCUUCCCAAAAGGGUUCGCUCGCAAAUAGAACAACAAGAUCGAAAAAGACUAAAAACUGAUACUAUAACCGAAGUUACUGAUGAUAAAAACACAGUACAUCAAUCUAGUAACGAAAACAAUGAGGAUGCUAGAAGCGGACGUGAUCAGCCCAAUCAUACACGUUUUUGUAGUGCUCUUGAAGAAACUACUAGUGCUGCAGGGAAAAGUAAAGAUACGGAACCAACAUCUAUAUUAGAUAGCCAUUGUACCAUCCCCACUGAUGACCUUGGCUCGGACUGUGAAGUUACGGUUGAUUCUUCGCUCGUCUUGGAUGAGGACAACUCAAGUACACCAACGAAGAAGCCGCUAAGCGUCAAAGCAAAUUCUCAAAAUGUUAGUGCUAUAAACCUUGUCAAUUUUUCCAACCCUGACUUUCAUAAUAUGGUUAGUCCUGAUAAAGCAUGUAACUUGGAAGAAGUUGUCGAAGAACCUGUAUAUUUUGAUAUUGAUGGUGAAAAGUUUCAAGAGAAAGCGAUCCUCUCGCAAAACGAUGGGUUAGUUUUCGUAGAUGAUAAUUGUCAUCAGCAUUCGGAUAAAUCCUGCCACCAUGAAAUGAGGGGUAGUACUGAUACAGAACAAGAUGUAGAGUUGGAUUCAGCAUAUGCAGAGAUUGAACCAGUUGAGAUCAAUGUGAGAACACCUUUGAAAAAAUUUGGUCAUUCAAUUGUUAAAGAUAAUUAUAGGUCAUUAAGCGAUGGAUUAUCACAUCAAAAAUUUGAAGAUGAGAUAUUAGAGUUCAACUUAAGCACAAAAGGCAUUGAGGAAAUAAUUAAAACUGGUAAAAAAACGAGUAGUAUAAUAAAUAAAAGAAAAUCACAGGUACAAAAAAACAUCAUUAAAAAUAAGAAGGAAUUGGAGGAUUUCGAACAAGGGGAAAAGUAUUUGACAUUAACAGUUUCAAAAGAUGACUUCAAGAAGAUGGAAGUUGUGGGACAAUUUAAUCUAGGAUUUAUUAUAGUGACUAGAAGAAUUGGUAACAAUUACGAUCUCUUUAUUGUUGACCAGCAUGCCAGUGAUGAAAAGUAUAAUUUUGAAACUAUGCAGGCUGUGACAGUUUUCAAGUCACAAAAGCUGAUCAUACCACAACCGAUAGAUCUAAGUGCUAUUGAUGAACUUGUGGUGCUGGAUAAUCUACCAGUUUUUGAAAAGAAUGGUUUCAAGCUGAAAAUCGACGAAGAAGAAGAGUUUGGCUCAAGAAUUAAACUUUUGAGCCUACCUACUUCCAAACGAACACUUUUUGAUUUGGAUGACUUUAAUGAACUGAUACAUCUAAUCAAGGAAGACGGUGGACUGAGAAGAGAUAACAUUAGGUGUUCCAAGAUCCGGUCUAUGUUUGCAAUGAGGGCAUGUAGAAGUAGUAUUAUGAUAGGUAAGCCGUUGAAUAAGAAGACUAUGACUAGAGUCGUUCAUAAUCUCAGUGCGCUUGAUAAGCCUUGGAAUUGCCCUCACGGACGCCCUACGAUGAGGCAUUUAAUGGAAUUACGUGAUUGGAAUUCAUUUUCGAAGGAUUAUAAAAUAUGA